AUGGGACAGGCUGUGACAACCCCUUUGUCUUUGUCUAUGGACCAUUGGUCGAAUGUUAGGGACAGAGGACGCUUAUUGUCAAUAGUUGUAAAAAAGGGGCCUUGGCGGACCCUUUGCACCUCUGAGUGGCCAACUUUCAAUGUGGGAUGGCCACCUCGAGGGACUUUUGAUUUACCCACCAUUAGAGCCGUUAAUGAAGUUAAGGAAGUUGUUUUUCAGGAAGGAUCAGGGUCGCAUCCAGAUCAUCAACCAUACAUCACCGUGUGGGAAAACUUGGCUCGUUAUCCACCCCCGUGGGUCGAGCCUUUCCUCCCACCUCGCCAACCAAGCUCCCAGGUCUUGGCUGUGCGAGAGGGCUCCACAGAAGGAAGACCGAAACCACGUCAGAAUGAAGAAGGCGAGCCCAGCACCCCGCCGGUGUCCGUCUCAAAGAUAUACCCUGAUGUAGAAGAACCCCCUGAAUGGCCCACUCCCCUGCCCCCACCUUACCCCUCAGCUCCCCAACCUGCACCCCUGCCCUCAGUCCCCGAACUGGCCCCAGCCUCGGGGGCCACAGGGGGGCCCUCAGCAGGUACUAGGAGCCGACGUGGAGCCACUCCUGUAGGACCUGACUCCACCGUGGCGCUGCCCCUUAGGGCCGUUGGGCCGCUCCCAACUGGCGAGAACGAGCUGCAGCUCCUGCAGUAUUGGCCUUUUUCCUCCUCUGAUCUCUAUAAUUGGAAAGUUAACCAUCCCCCUUUUCCAGAAAAUCCUGCAGGACUCACAGGCCUGAUAGAGUCCCUGAUGUUUUCCCACCAACCCACGUGGGAUGACUGUCAGCAGCUCCUACAGACACUGUUCACUACCGAAGAGAGGGAGAGGAUUCUCCUUGAGGCUCGGAAAAAUAUCCGAGAUAAUCAAGGACGCCCCGCCACUCAGGCUGCUAUAGACGAGGGGUUUCCCUUGACCCGUCCUCCGUGGGAUUACCACACGGCAACAGGUAGGGAAUGGCUGUCCAUUUACCGCCGGGCUCUCGUGGCUGGUCUCAGGGGUGCAGCGAGAAAACCCACCAAUUUGGCAAAGGUAAGAGAGGUUAUGCAAGGAGCGAAUGAACCCCCCUCUGUGUUCCUAGAGAGGCUCAUGGAGGCUUACCGUAGGUACACUCCUUUUGACCCUAUGUCAGAGGGGCAGCGAGCUUCUGUAAUCAUGGCUUUCAUUGGGCAGUCCGCCCCGGACAUUAAAAGGAGGUUACAGCAUAUUGAGGGAUUGCAAGAUUAUACUAUCAGAGAUGUGGUGAAGGAGGCUGAGAAAGUGUAUCAUAAGAGAGAGACAGAGAAAGAGAAACAGGAGAGAGAAAAGAAAGAAAGGGCUGAGGAUGAAGAUAGAAGGGAAAAGAGACAAGAAGAGAAUCUAACAAGGAUACUGGCCGCAGUGGUAGGAGAAGGAAGGCGUCAGGGAACUGGUAGGGCUAGACAGACAGGGAACCUGGGUGACGGCAGAAGGCAGGGGCCAAGGAGACCCAAAAGAGACCAGCUGUUACUAGAGAGAGAUCAGUGUGCAUACUGCAAAGAGAAGGGCCAUUGGGCCCGAGAGUGUCCUAAAAAAAAAGAGACCAAAGUGCUGUCCUUAGAUAAUGAAGAUUAGGGAAGUCAGGGUUCGGUUCCCCUCUCCGAGCCUAGGGUAACUCUGAAAAUAGAGGGGACCCCUAUAGAUUUCUUGGUGGACACGGGAGCAGAAUAUUCUGUGCUUAAAAAACCUCUGGGAAAGAUACAAGAUAAAAAGACGCUGGUGAUUGGGGCUACAGGACAAAAACCGUAUCCGUGGACUACUUCUCGUACAGUGGAUCUUGGAAGAAACCAGGUAUCCCACUCAUUUUUAGUAAUACCAGAGUGCCCUACGCCCUUACUGGGCAGAGACUUGUUAACCAAAUUAAAGGCCCAGAUAAAAUUUGCCCCCUCUGGACCGGAACUGUCAUGGGAAACUGAGACACCCCAAACGUUAAUAUUGUCCCUUCAGCUAGAAGAAGAAUACCGGCUAUACCAAGAGAGAGAGAAGCCCCCCCGAGGAGCUUCAGGAAUGGUUACUUCAAUUUCCUCAGGCGUGGGCUGA